AUGAAGAGCUUCAGCUUUCUCGCAUUGGGUCAAGCCCUGCUUGCGGUAGCCACUCCCCAUGGCUCCAAGCUCCCCGCUCGCCAACAAGGUAAUAGCUUCGCCGGCGUAAACUCCUACUUCCUCCAUGCCUUCAAGCAGCAGGACAGAUUGGACGUCCUGGACGCCAUCAAAGAUGCAAAUCUCAAGGUCCUACGAAUCUUCAUUUCACCAACCGGCCAGAACGCCAAAAACACCGGCUCAAUUGCGAUGCCUGACAUUGAGCCUCAAACCGUGGGUGUCUGGGACGAUACUCAGCUCAAAGCCAUCGAUCAACUGAUGGUAGAAGCUCAAGCCAGAGGUAUCAAGCUCACCAUCGCAAUCCAUGAUCGUUAUCAGCUUGGGUGCUGGGGAAGCGAUGCUUAUGUGACAAAGUACAAGCUUCCUGCAGUAGACUGCAACAUUCAGCCUGCUAGUGCCAACAAUGUCGAGUUCUGGUAUUCUGACAAGAACUGUAUUUCGGAUUUUCAGAAUCGCAUCCGUCAUGUCCUUGAACAUAAGAACACACUGAUCAGCGGUAGUCCAGCUUGGAAAGACCUGAACAGCCAUAUCUUUGCGUUCAAUAUCCAGAACGAAGGGCAGGGCCAUUUGAACAACAAUAUCCCACCUCAUCCGUCGUGGUGGUGCGAUCGAGCUGGCUUCAUGCGGGGUAUCAUGGGUAGCAGCAAGGUUCUGAUCUCCACUGGUGGCGGUAAUGAAUUUCCCAACUCAGAUAUCCCGGAGAACUGGGCCUGCAAGGCCUUGGACCUCGUCACCAUCCACUCCUACAGUGGCGUCAACGAAUUCAAGAACAAGGGUCCAGUUGCGCUGCAGCACGCCAAGAGCGCCAACAAGCUCAUGCUCUUUGAGGAGUUUGGUGCUACUGGGAGCAGCAAGGCUACCACUGUCGGGCAGCAUAUUGACGUGUUUAAUGGUCUCGGUGUGCCGUGGAUGCCGUGGCAGAUCAGCAAGCCUGGCAACAAGGCGAAUGAUUAUGAGUUUUGGACUGAUGAGCCUACCUAUGAUGUCGUUGAGGAUGGUUCGAAUGAUGCUUUGGCAAAGAGCGCUGCACAGACUUGGUCUAUCUAG